UUUACAGCCACACACUUGAUGAAUGCUGGUGAAUGUGACUCAUGAUGCUUUCAAUUGGUUUGCUGGUGGAACCACGUUUCUGCCUGUUUCGCAGUCUUGGAUAAACUCUGUGUUUUAGCAUGACGCUGACAUUAUCUGACUAGCCAGAAAUGUCAGAAAUUAAAACGUGGGCAUUUUGGAAGGCAGUUCUGGCUGAGUUGCUAGGAAUGAUCAUCUUCAUCUUCAUUGGCCUCUCUGCUGCAAUAGGGGAUCCAAAUGAUUCCUACCCCGACCAGGAGAUAAAAGUGGCAUUUGCAUUUGGCCUGGCCAUUGCUACAUUAGCCCAGUGCAUAGGCCACAUUAGUGGUGCCCACCUUAAUCCUGCCAUCACCCUGGGCCUCCUGACAAGCUGCCAGAUGAGUGUCCUCAAAGCCUUUUUCUACAUAAUAGCUCAAGUUGUGGGAGCAGUGGCGGGCAGUGCCAUUGUGUAUGGCAUAAGGCCAGAAACCACAGAUUCACUGGGUGUUAACAAGCUUAGUGGAAUCAGCCCAAGUCAAGGUUUUGGUGUAGAAUUCCUGCUCACCCUCCAACUGGUCCUGUGUGUGAUCGCAGUCACUGACAAAAGACGUGAUAUUGGUGGAUUUGCACCUCUGGCAAUCGGACUUUCGGUGGGGUUGGGACACCUUGCCGGGAUCAGCUACACAGGAUGCGGUAUAAACCCAGCUCGAUCCUUUGGGCCUGCAAUUAUACAGAAGUCUUUUGAUGAUCAUUGGGUGUACUGGGCAGGACCACUGAGUGGUGGUGUAGUGGCAGCUCUUCUGUAUAACUACAUACUGUCACCCAGAGAUGAGCCUUUAAGUGAUAAAUCAAAAGUUCUGUUCAACUGCGGCUCAACACAGGAAACUGAAAUUCGGGAGCCCCUUCUGGAGGAUGUUAAAGAUGGAGAAUGGUCAAAGGAGCCAGUCUGAGUACAAAUAAUUCCUGCAUGAUGUGUAUUUAUGUCAAAUAAAAUAAUUUUUCAAGAUAA